AUGGAGAAGCAACAGUCUACGGAAACUGUUGGCGACAGAGCUGGAGAAGCAACAGUCUACGGAAAGUUAGGAACAUUGUUCCAAUCACUUGGUCAAUACGAAAAGGCCCGAGAGUGUCUGGAGAAAGCACUCGCUAUCGAAAAAGCUGUUGGCAACAGAGAUGGAGAAGCAAGAAACUACGGAAGGCUUGGUGAAUACGACAAGGCCCGAGAGUAUCUGGAGAAAGCACUCGCUAUCAAAAAAGCUCUUAGCCACAGAGAUGGAGAAGCAUCAGUCUACGCAAACUUAGGAACAUUGUUUGAAUCGCUUGGUGAAUACGACGAGGCCCGAGAGUAUCUGGAGAAAGCACUCACUAUCAAUAAGGCUGUUGGCGACAGAUAUGGAGAAGCAACAAACUACGGAAACUUCGGAACAUUGUUUGAAUCGCUUGGUGAAUACGACAAGGCCCGAGAAUAUGGAGAAGCAAAAGGCUACGAAAACUUAGGAAUAUUGUUCCAAUGGAUUGGUGAAUACGACAAGUCCCGAGAGUAUCUGGAGAAAGCACUCGCUAUUGUAAAAGCUGUUGGCCACAGAGGUGGAGAAGCAACAAACUACGGAAACUUAGGAACAUUGUUCCUCUUGCUUGGUCAUUAUGAAAAGGCCCGAGAGUAUCUGGAGAAAACACUCGCUAUCUUUAAAGCUAUUGGUUACCGACAUGGAGAAGCUGAAGGCUACGGAAAGUUAUCGGAACUUCAUCUGUGUCUCGGUAAAUAUGGGGAGGCUGACAAAUGUCUUGAAAGAGCAAUCGCAAUUAGAAUGAAAGUUGGUGACCGAAUAGGAGAAUGGAGUGAUUUAAAAAGUCUUGGAAUAAUCGCUUAUCGGCGUGGUUUGUAUCAGAAGUCUAAGGAAUAUCACGAAAGAGCACUUGCAGUUUCGAUAGAGAGUGGCAGUAGAGAAGGAGAGGUAGUCAGUUACGCAAACUUGGGAUCAUGUUUCCAGUCCAUUGGUGAAUAUGACAUGGCCGAAAAAUACGUCAGGAAGGCCCUCCGACUCAGUAGAGAUAUUAGAGACAUUUAUAACGAGUUCCGAUGCCUUUGUCUGCUCACGGACCCUCUGGAUGGUGAUACUCACUCUUAUUCUAAAACACCUAAACCAAACAGUGCUGUCGCCAAGGUUCCAUUCAUAGCAAGCUACACUUGCUAUGAAUGA